CCUGAAGUAACACAAACACACACUCAUCAUUUCUCCUCUAUAACGCGGAAGACAAACUCCAUCGGUGAUGGCCAGUGCAGAUAUAUCGAUGGAUAUUCAGAGGCAUUCAGACACAGCGGGUGAUCAAAAUCCGCUAAUCAAAUAUUAUCGUGCCAGUGAAGUUAUGCCUGCUCCAGUGCCAGCGCUCAACACACUGCUCAGAAAAGGCCCUGCAACCUGCGCUGCCAUUCAGGCGUCCAGUGGGAUUCUGAGUUUGGGAAUCGGAGUCGUGUUUGCAGCUUCAUGGGACAUCGGGUUCAAUUUACUGACUUUAUUCAGAAUUCCCAUCGUCACUGGAGUAAUGUUUGUGGUGGCUGGAAUCCUGUCAAAUCUUCUGUACAAACACCCAGAGCUUCUGCACGUCAGUGUCUGCAUUUACACAUGUGUAUUUCCUAUAAAUAUACAGCAUCCAGAAAAAUAUUCUUCAUUUUUUCCCCAGACCUGCUUCAUUGCAAACAUCCUAUGUCUGUGUGUUUCUGCGAUCGGUGCAAUUCUUCUGAUAGUUGAUCUUCAACCAGGAGGAAAUCAAAUCCAGCAGAAGAUGGAGGUUCUGAUUCUGUGUGUGACUCUGAUGGACAUAAUCAUCGCCGGUGUGCUAAUUUUCUGGUUCUACCGUGAGAAACGUGGCCCCAAAAAGUGACUCAGUGGUUUCUGCUCUCGUACGCUUCAACAAAAAUAACAGAAGUCAAGAACUCCAGAAAGCAGAAGCUACUUCAGAUGCAGUUCACACAUCAAGCAUUUCUCAGACUCUUAGCAGCCAGACGAGAGAUGUGGAGGAUUUGGCUCGGAAAUGUGACUAAAUACCAGUGAACAUGCAUGUUAUGUGAUAUGUUUCAGCAUGAUUGAAAAUUAAGUGCUGCUUUGACCCUUGCAACCGCUUUAUUUGUUUGCAUUUCAGCAUUUAAUUACCUGUAAAAUAGUUUUUUGGACACAAUAUUUAAAUAUACAAUCCACAUUACUAAUGAACCAUUAACUAUGCCUUUUAGAUAAAUAAGGAAGAUGCUUUUUAAUAGUUAUUAAAGUGCUAGUUUAGCUGUUAUGUAGGACUAGGAAUGAUACGAUCAUAAUUACUACUAAACUGUUAAUAUCUUAAUAAUAAAAGCCAGUGGUUAAUAGUGUGAAUUGUUUCUUAAACUAAAGUGUUACCAUAAUCUUUAAUGUACAAUUAUUUACUAUAAAUACUGAGAAAGUUGCUGGAACUGAAUGUACAUAUUUCACUUUUAUACAGCAUAUGAGAUUAAGAAGUUAUUUCCACAUGCUAUAUUCAUAUAUGUCUUUAAUUUCUUAAUAAAUUACAGUAUUCAA